AACAGAUAACACAACCUGUCAACUCUGCAAGAUGCAGAAAAGCCAAGUAAAUGUUCUAAAUCGUGGCACAGAGGAUGAAUUGGUAUGCACAGGGUAUAGGCGUAGCAUUGCGAAGACCAUUCUCUGUGUUCUUCUGUCGGUCAUCACUGUUGGAGGACUUCAGCUAGUCUUCUACUGGAAGCCAGAAUGGCGUCUUUGGUGCACCUCGUCAAAGUGCGUCUUAAAGAGAGCCACCAAAGUCCUUUUGCAGAAUCAGUAUAAGGAGGUCUGUGUCGCCGAGGUCAAAUCUCGUCCACUAUCAGAAGCAACUAUUAACAGCUUACAUAUAAACAGCACCCCAACACCCAUGCCCCACAUGGCGCAAGAAUGUGAACCAGAUCCAAACCAAGUCAGCGUUUUCUAUAGCACCAGCACAGAAAACCAGAAGGACACCGAAAGCUCAGACGUUGCGGUGUUAGUGGCGGGAGGAGACGGUGCCAACAACGGAACACACUCGCACCUCUGGUCGUACUCCAGUAUGGAUUCGGAUGAAGAGAUUGAUGACACAAAGGCACUUAUCAACAUUAAGAAGAAAGAGAGUGAGAACAUCUUUCGAUACUUUGAACAUCACAAGCUGUGCUAUUAUUGGAACGAGUCAUGUGACAGCUUUCUUAGACUGUAUGCCUUAGAGGAAAAUACACAGUGUGCAUCCAUUUACAGUUACAAGGGUUAUGACAGUGACCAAAAACAGCAGAGGCAAGAUAUCUAUGGAAGAAACGUCAUUGAUGUUGAAGUCCCUUCCUAUUUAAAGCUGUUUGUGAAAGAGGUAUUGAAUCCAUUCUACAUCUUCCAAAUUUUCAGCAUUAUUUUGUGGAUCAUGGAGAACUAUUUUGUCUACGGAGGCUGCAUCCUCGUCAUCAUAAUAAUAUCACUUGGUGUAUCGCUGUAUGAGACAAAGAGACAAUCAAUCGUCUUACAUGAUAUGGUGGCCCAUGAAUCUACUGUAACUGUAUGCAGGAAUGGAACAGAAGAGGAGAUAAAUUCUGGUGAUGUCGUCCCUGGUGAUUUAAUCUACAUCCCACCACAUGGGUGUAUAAUGAGCUGUGAUGCCGCCCUUAUCAGUGGAAACUGCAUUGUCAAUGAAAGUAUGCUGACAGGAGAAAGUGUACCAGUGACCAAAACACCCCUCCCCUGCCCUCCCCCUACCGAGGGGGAACCCCCACAGUACUAUUCCCCUGAGAACCACAAGCGACACACCCUCUUCUGUGGAACAAAGGUCAUCCAGACAAGGUACUAUGGCUCAGAGAAGGUCAAGGCUGUUGUCAUAAGAACAGGGUUUUCUACUAUGAAAGGUGAUUUGGUGAGAUCAAUCCUGUUCCCAAAACCAGUUGGAUUUAAAUUCUACUCAGAUUCUAUGAAGUUUAUUGGGAUUCUUGCAAUAUUAGCUUCCAUUGGAAUUAUAUAUUCUGUGGUUAUCUUAGCACUCAAAGGUGCCAAGGCAUCAGACAUUGUUUACAAAGCUCUAGACAUCAUCACCGUGGCUGUGCCACCAUCCCUGCCAGCGGCCAUGACAGUGGGGACGGUCUACGCCCAACAGAGGCUGAAGAAAGGGAAGGUUUUCUGCAUCAGCCCUCAGAGAAUCAACAUCUGUGGGAAACUCAAGCUUGUCUGUUUUGAUAAGACUGGUACUCUGACAGAAGAUUCUCUUGAUCUCUGGGGCGUGGUACCCCUCCUGGACCGGACCUUCCAACCAGUAGUCCAGGCUGCCAGCACCCUUCCUAGAGGUCCAUUCCUAGCCGCAAUGGCCACCUGUCAUUCACUGACCAGGAUUGAUGGAGAGCUUGUGGGAGAUCCCCUGGAUCUGAAGAUGUUUGAAGCUACAGAUUGGGAAUUGGAAGAACCCGGACCAGACACCAGCCGUUUCGACACACUAAUACCAACUGUUGUGAAACCCAAAACCAAUGAUACCUUGUAUGCAGCUAGUACAGAAGGAGAGGAGGUGUUUGAGAUUGGGGUAGUACGUCAGUUUCCGUUCACAUCCAGCCUGCAGAGAAUGUGUGUAAUUACCAGGACGAUGGGAGCCAAGUAUAUGGAUAUAUAUGUGAAAGGAGCCCCUGAAAUGAUUGCAUCAUUAUCAGACCCAAGAACUGUUCCUGAGGAUUUCCAGGAGGUGUUACAGAACUAUACUCAGCAAGGCUUCAGGGUUCUAGCACUUGGCUGGAGACAGAUGGAUCCAAAGUUUUCAUGGCAUCAUGCACAGAAAAUACAAAGAACGGAAGUUGAAUGUAAUUUGACGUUCAUAGGUUUGUUGAUCAUGCAGAAUGCCCUCAAACCAGUCACCACAGAAAUCAUCAAACAACUCAACGAUGCUAAUAUACGCACUGUUAUGGUCACCGGUGACAACAUGUUGACUGCUAUCAGUGUUGCAAGGGAUUGUGGGAUGGUUGGUCGCAAGUCAAAGGUCAUCGUCAUCAACGCCCACCCUCCCGGUGCGGACCAACCUGCUCGUAUCGAGUGGAGCUAUGACACCAUGCCAGAUAGAAACUCAGAGUGCCUUUCUUCAAAUUCAGAGUCUUACCAUGAAGAGAUAGCUAUGAGUGUAGAUCAUGAGAAGUAUCACUUUGCGGUCAGCGGCAAAUCUUUUGCCGUUCUCAAGAGCCAUUUCCCAGAACUUAUUGACAAGAUUGUUCAAAGAGGAACUGUCUAUGCUCGUAUGUCACCAGAUCAAAAGACACAACUUGUGGAAGCUUUGCAAAGUUUGGGAUACUGUGUAGGGAUGUGCGGUGAUGGAGCCAAUGACUGUGGGGCUUUGAAGAUGGCUCACGCUGGAAUAUCUCUAUCUGAAGCAGAGGCUUCCGUUGCAUCUCCAUUCACCUCCAUGGUGCCUGAUAUAUCAUGUGUGCCUAAUGUUAUUAGAGAGGGCCGAGCUGCCUUGACGACCUCAUUUGGUGUUUUCAAGUACAUGGCUCUGUAUAGUGUCAUCCAGUUCACAUCUGUUAUGAUUCUCUACUGGAUUGAUUCAAACCUUGGGGACUGGCAGUUCUUGUACGUGGAUCUAGUUAUAACUACCACAGUGGCUGUACUCAUGGGAAGAAACGAAGCAUAUCCAAAGCUUGUGAAGCAACGGCCUGCGGGGAGUAUAACCAACCCAACGAUUCUCAUCUCAAUUGUAUCCGAGAUACUUGUGGUAGCAGUUGUACAGACAACCGGUUACUUUCUUCUUUUUACACAGCCGUGGUUUACACCGUUGACUCCAAGCCACAACCCAGAUGACAACAUCCUGUGCUAUGAAAACUCUGUGAUUUUUCUCAUCUCGUCAUUCCAGUACAUCACCCUGGCAGCUGCCUUCUCUAAGGGGGCGCCCUAUCGUCUUCCAAUUUAUACUAAUUUUCUAUUCUUGAUCGCACUCAUCGUUCUAGUAUCUACAACAGUGGUGAUGCUGUUCUUACCGGUUCAGUGGUCUGUGUUUACUAACUUUCUGCAGCUGAAACAGAUUGCUCCAGUCAGCCUCAAGUUUGCCCUUAUCAUCGGAGCACUGGUGCUAUUUAAUAUCCUGUUUGCCUUUAUCAUGGAGUCUUGCGUUGUCGACUUACCCGCCCUCAAACGAGCCAUCCGGCCACUGCGUUGUAAGAAGAAGCCCAAGAACCGGUAUAAACUGGUUGAAGCCGACCUGAACAAGGACCCUUCCUGGCCUCCUGUUGGACAUACUACGACCACCAAUAGCAAGAUUUUCAAUGGGAGCAUCAAUUCUGCGUGAUGAUUCUUGACGGUUUUGCCUAAAGAGCUUUCUCAUUUUCACAAACAUUUUGUACUCAAUUCCCACCUAAGAUUAAUAUAAUAUAAUGAAAAGCACUGCCGAUAUGACAAUCAAUUUACAUAUUUCAGUGACGUCAUUUGAAGUUAACUUCUGUAACAAGUGUGUUUUUGUAACUACCUUGUGUCAUAUAACUUAUUAUCAAUGAUAUGUGCUAAAAUUCUAUGAAUUCGAUUCAGUUAUUUUCAAAUGACAUAACUUCAAUAACAUCAUAAGAUGUUAGGAAUAUUAGACAAGUAGCUUAUAACUAUCGUUUGAAUGGACUGUAUUCUGAAGUCCUUGAUUUAGAUCAUGGUCUAACUAUAUGCUAAAAUGAUGGGAAGUUGAAAAUAUCAAAAGUCUGUUUACAUCGUUUGUUUCUUAUGUUUACUUUGCUCUAUCCACCACGACCUGACAGUUAUGAAAGAUUUGAGUGUCAAAAUAGCUGAUGAAUCUGUUUACAUGACUAGACGAUUGAUCCCCUAUAUGUAUUUAUUUGGCAAACAGUUCCAAUAAUCAUUUUUAAGCAAAAUUGUCUGCUUGGGUUUCUGACUUGACAGUUUCAUCUUCAAAAUUAUUUUAUUCCAUAUUGUUUUUAUUCAAUGUAAUAAUAAUAAUAUGUCAAUUUAUAUAGCGCAGUUACUAUGUGCAUAUACUCAACUGCGCUUUGAUACAUGGUAUCAUAUUAUUACUGUAAUGAUAAUGAUACUUUCCAACAAAUUAGAAUAAUUGCUUUAUUUUUAAAAAGAUUUUUGUUGUUGAUGGAAGUGGAAUGUGAAUAAAAAUUGUACUAAUUUUGUUAUAUGAGGUGGAGGAAAAUGGUGGAGGAUAAGUCAUCUUCAGUUUUUUAAUACUUUUAAUUUUCUAAUAUUCAGCGAUUUUAUCUUUAUACAUGUUAUACACUUUAGGUGCAAUGAAGUGAAUCUAAGUUCAAUUUCUGAUUUGGGUUUAUUAUUAUGCCAUUGCUGAAGUCUAAAAUGCACUCAAAUUUGAGUAAAAUCUGCACACGCUAUGGAGAUGGUUAUGUGUAUCUAUUUCUCAUUUUAUUGUGGAUUUUAUCACGCCAGUAGGUAUGGACAGCCAAUAGACGAGAAAUAUGAUUUAUACCAAAAUAUGUAAAGUAUAGUACAGCAAUUGUUUAUUUAUGAUAAUUUACAUUAUUGGCAGCCAAUGGCUGAAAAAUAUAUGUUUACAUAGAUCCAAGAUGAAGAACAUAAAAUAACAUCAUACAAAGAGUGAAUAAAUCAUAAAUGUAGACAUGCGAUACAUAUACACAAAACAAAAAUAAUUGAUAUAAAUUGAAUCAAUCAAUUUAUCCUGUACUGCAAAUUCGGCUUUUUUGCAAUAAGAUAUUUUGCACUAUGUGUACAUAUAUCUGUUAUAUAUUUUUUUACAUUUGUUAUACAGGAACAGAAAUUGAUUCAAAUAUAUUAUGUUCUAUUUAUUGUAGUAUUGUAUGAUGUAGAUUUCUUUUCAUGUAUGCACACUUGUUUGAACAUUGAUAGUAUAUUGAUGAAAGCUACUUCUAUUGUAUAUUAUUAUCUAAAUACCUUGCUUAUUUAUAAGAGACAGCUUUAAUAUGUUGAAUACAAUAUCUUAUUUAAUGACAAUACUUCUGAGCUAGUUCACAACAAUAAAUUAUGUUUUCAUUGAUGAAGCUCAAUAUGUCGAUAUUAUGUGCAUUUAGAUUAGAAAAAAUUAAAAAUUCAUGGAGUACAUUUAUAUAAUAUUUUGUGAUUUAAUAUAGUUUUCAUAGAAAAUAAUUUUUGUGUGUGUGUUAUAUGUAUGUAUUAAACAAAAUGCUUUAUUUUCACUAUUAAAUGAAAUACAUGUACAGCACAUGUAUCUACAUGUUCAUAUAACAUGUUCUUUUAUCAGGCUGUGUACAGUAAUAACCCUGUUCAGGUUUUCUAUGUUAUUCAGUUUUUGUGAUAUCAUUACUGUACAAAAAUACGUAGAUAAGAAGAGUAUACGUUCUGUCAUAACUUGUCAUGGUUUUUCUUUGCAGAAAGUUUUAUGUAAAGGUAAAAUAUUUGAAACAUGCAGACAUUUAUUAAAAAGGGUCAUUCUUGAA